AUGUCAACGUUACAUAAAAGAUUCGGUCGAAAGCAUCAUUCCAUUGGUUCGAAGAAAGAAAAUCGACCAAGACAACAGCAUGAGCAGCAAUCGAUAUUUCUCGAUUCGGCUGAUCAAUCUCGUGCACUAUACUUUCUAGGUUUGACAUAUCAUCUCAAAGCCAAAGAAUUGCUCAGCUCAUCAAAUGGUCUUCUCAGUGAUGAUAUCCGAACAUUACUUAACAAAGCAAUUGUUUAUUACGAACAAAAUCUCGAUCUUAAUAAAGAAUUAGACGACAAGGUGGCAGAAGGUAGAACUUUAGGCAAUAUUGGCAAUGUCAAUUAUUUAUUGCAAGAUUACUCAACAUCGAUUGAGUACCUUGACAAACGUUUGACGAUUGCCAAAGAAUGUAACGAUCAAGCCGGUCAACGUCGUGCUCAUGGUAAUCUUGGCAAUGCUUAUUUAUAUUUAGAAGAUUUUGACAAAGCAUUGCAACAUUACAGAGAAGCGAUGAGCAUAGGUGAACUGACUCACGAUGAAUUGUUCGUUGCACGAAUGAAUUUUACUAUCGGUCGUGUUUAUAGUUUAAAACAAGAUUAUGAUACAUCGAUUUAUUUUCAUGAGAAACAUUUGCAUCUAGCGCGACAAUUAGGAGAUUCAAUAGGCCAAUGUCGAGCCUAUUAUAUUUUAAGUCAAUUACAUGAAAAAAUUAAUCAACUUGAAAAAGCAACCAAAUAUGAUAGCCUUUACAAAGCUCUCGCACGAGAAAUUGAUGAACCAUUAGAUGACACAAUAUCCAUGUCAACAGCAUCAGGACCAACGAAACAUACACUGAAGAAUCUACGUACCGAUUCCAUUAGUAUCAGUUUAUCGGAGGGCGGUGGAACGAAUAAUGGUUCGUCAGGCUCAGCAUCUCAAAGUCCACGCUCAUCGCGCUCAAAUGUUAGCGUGAAUAGCAGUGUCACCGAUGUACGUUCAUAUACCGGCUCACAAAACACUUCGUCACAUAACAAAUCUAUAUCAAAUAAGAGUAAGAAAAGCAAAACAAAUUCGACAAGUCUCAAAACCAAUUUCAUGUCACAUCUCGGAAGAAAAUCGCCAAUGCAAACAAGAAAAGAAUCAUUACCAGCUGAUCAUGAUGAUUUAGUUGAUUUGGUUUGUCGAAUGCAGAAAUCACGUUUUGAAGAUCAACGUUGUGAUUUAAGAGCAACAGCCAGCGUCCCUGGAGCAACGAAUCCUCAUACACAACGUUCGAGUGUUCAACUUGAAGAUAUUUUAAAUACAGUUGAUCGAUUACAACAAUCGCGUCUCGAUGAUCAACGAACAAGUCUUCCAGCUGCGAAUCAUCAUGAUAGCAGCAAUACUAAAACAACUCGACGUCUUUCACCAUUGAACGAACAAUUCUUUGAUCAAUUAUCGAAGUGUCAAGACUCGCGUCUCGAUGAUCAACGAGCUGUACUCAUACCGAUCCAUAAUCAUAAUACAUCUUCAGUCAGACCAGCAUCUGCAUCGUCAGUUGUUUCAACAUCAACAAUAACUACAUUAUCAACAGGAUCGCCGUCGAAAAAUCCUAUUCAUGAAGCAACGUCAAAAACGCUUCCCGAUGAUGAUUUCUUUUCUCUUCUAAAUCGUUUACAAUCACGUCGAAUCGAUCAACAACGAACAUGUUUACCGGUCGCUCAUCUUCAAGGAAAAUCUCCGCUGGUAUCACCGAAUUCAAUUAGUACACCAUCGAAACAAACCCGUGUGAAACCAUAA